AUGCCGCAACGGUACGUGGUGGUGCUGCUGACAGCAGCAUGCACCACGGUGUGUUAUAUCGAACGCGUGGGGUUCAGCGUGGCGUACUCGUUAGUAGCUAAUCGCAACCACGUGGAUCAGGCCACUAAGGGAUGGGUGCUCUCGGCGUUUUAUUACGGAUACGCCCUUUCCCAGGUACCGGGCAGCUCUGCAGCACAGCGCUACGGAGGCAGGCGGGUGAUCACAGUGGCCUUCCUCGCCUGGACCGCCCUCUCCCUGCUCACUCCCUCCCACCCCUCCUCCUCCUCGCUCACCUCGCCCUCCCUCCUCGCGCUGCUCCUCAUCCGCUUCCUAGUCGGCGCCACGCAGGGCUUCAUCUUCCCCUCCAUCCACACAGUGCUCGCCCUCUGCAUCCCGCCCCACGAAAAAUCCCGAGCCGUCAGCCUCACAAUGUCCGGUAUGUAUCUCGGGGCCGGGGCGGCUAUGUCGCUCAUGCCGGCUGUAGCGGCGGGGGAGGCGCCCUGGGGUGGCCCGGCAGCGGUGUUUCGGUGGUCAGCUGGGCUGGGGUUGAUGUGGGUGGUGCUGUGGGUGCGGCUGUUUUCGAAGGAUCCGCCAGGGGGAGGAGGGGUGGGAAGAGGGAACGGAGGUGGUGGUGGUGGUGGUAGCAGCGGUGGUGAUGGGAACCCGCUGUCUCCCCGUUUACCUGGUAGUAAGCAUGAUCUCCUGCAGGAAGAUAAUGUGAAAGACAGUGCGAUACACUUCCGUAGAUGCGGACAAGGCAUGCCGUCCGUGCUGCUCCUGCAUGCCGCCCCGCAAUCCUCCUCCAUGUUCUCCUCCGCGCUCAAGCGCUUUGCCGCCCGGGGGCUGCACGCCGUGGCCGUCGAUCUGCCCAACUGCGGCGAAUCCAGCCGUUCGUCCGUGGAGCUGACGAUCGCUGACGUGGCGGAGAUCGUGCUGCAGGCGAUCCAAGGGCUGAGAUUCACCCACACCAUCGACUUGAUUGGACACCAAACGGGAGCGACUGUGGCGCUGCAAAUUGCCUCAGAUUUACCGCAGGUGGUGCGGCGAGUGGUGCUGUGGGGCGUGCCCAUGCUGGGGUUCAUGGAGCGAGGAGACGUGCUGAGGGAGGAGCCUCCUGAUUACGAUGGCGAUUUGGAGGGCACUGUCGCUUCCUUUCUGGAGAAACGAUACCCCUACCCCGUGCCCUGGCAACUCAAGCGAGGGGACGUGCUGAGGGAGGAGCCUCCUGAUUACGAUGGGGACUUGGAGGGGACUGUGGCCACGUUUCUGGAGAAGAGAUACCCGUACCCCGUGCCAUGGCAACUCAAGAAGAUAUACCCCUACCCCGUGCCGUGGCAACUCAAGGUGAGACCACGAGGCCAGGAGGCCAAGGGAAGAGCGAGGGGGGGGGACGUGCUGAGGGACGAGCCUCCCGACUACGGCGGGGACCUGGAAGGCACUGUGGCCACGGUUUUGGAGAAGAGAUACCCCUACCCCGUGCCCUGGCAACUCAAGAAGGAAGAGAUACCCCUACCCCGUGCCCUGGCAACUCAAGAUGUGCUUGAUGGGAUCAGCAGCCGAAGGCGAGAUGAGCAGCUGAAGGUGCAACAUCCGUCUCCCUCUCUCCUUUCCCCCUCCUCCCCUCCCUCGACUUCCUGCCCAACACUCUCCUCUCCCCAUCCCCCCACCUCCACCAGCACCCUCCCCAUGCCCGUGCUCUGCCUGGCCGGCGACGGCGAGCCGUAUCAGAAAGCGACAAUGAAAGCCGCCCUGCUGUGCAAGAACGGCAAGUACGUGAACCUGGGCUCGGCCGGCAGUGACGUGGUAGAUGAAAUCCCAGACGAUUACGUGGCAGAGGUUUUGUCUUUUCUCCUGGAGCCAGAUAUAGAUGGGGGAGUGGGACCGGGGGGGGCGGGGGGAGGGUCGGGGAGAGCGGGGGGCGGAGUGGGGAGGGUGGGGGCGCUGGGGGGAGCGGCGCAGGGGGAGCGGGCGAGCUGGUCGAUUCAGAGUGAGGUGGUGGCGCAGGAUGGGGGGAGGAAGAUGUCUGCUGCUGCUGGCGUGGGGGGAGCGGGGGGGAUUGGGGGCGGGGGGGGAGGAGUGGGGGGGAAUCAAGCGCUUAGGCAAGGGUCGUUGCCGAGUAAUCUAGGGGGGGGAGCGGGAGGAGGGGGAGGGGGAGGAGCGGGUGGGGAUGGGGGCCAGUCACCGAGGGGGGAGGGGGAUGAGAGACGAUCGUCAUCUGAGAAGAAGCGAGGGCUGCUCAAGGGGCUGUUCCGAGGGAAGAGCGGGCUGCAGCAGCAGGGGUGA